AUGUACGGGCUGUGGUACCCCACCAACACCACAAGCAACAGCCAGCGAGAGCCGAACUCGAGCAGUAACACCUUCAAGAUGAGUUUUUUCUCGAAAAAACAAUCCACAACUGUGAAUAUCGAAAUCGCGGACAGAUGUGAGUUCGGUUCUUCUCCGCCUUUUUUGUUUUGACUUCAUUUCACAAGUUUUUAUUUGACAUGAAAGAAUGGGUUUAACCUUUCUCCGAGACUGUGGGAAAGAAUGAUAAGCGUAAAGCAGAGGAAGGACUAUGAUUCCUGCUGACCGCAACAUGGGGGUUUCAUCUACGGACGCCAGUCGUAUGGAAGAACGUUAGGAACGCCUCGUGCUGUACUUGCACAGGUCUCAUUCUAGGUCCCAGGCCUGGAAAGGAGACCUGGUUGUGUUUAUGCAGUCAACUGAACUAACACGAAUAAUUACUAAAGUUGCGAGUUCGGUUGAAGUCAUGUACUCGGGACGAACGCUUUCAGGUUAAGUCCAAAAGGUGGUGCAAAUAUGUCGGCUACUUCGCAUCAUUCUCAGCGGAAUAAGGGGCUAGAAAAUUGGCAUAUUUUAAGUUUGAAUGUAAUAAGUCGUUUAACCAGGCACGUACUUCGACGCCUUUUUGAAACUCUGUCUGACCUAUUUGUGAGACCGUCGACCUUUUAGGGGUCUGUUGACCUCCCGCACACGGUUUCUGGCGCUCAGUCCAGUUUAUAAGUGUCAAACUUCAACUUCCAUCACAAAUUAAUGUCCGAGCGUGUGGUAAUGCCCUAGUAACAGGUCUUUUUCAACCUUGUCCUCAAAUCAGAGCUGAAUUUCAUUGGCUUCAGCGCAAAACGGUGAGUCUGCGUUUUGAUGUGGCAGCGAUUUAUGGCGGUAGGGGUGAGUCUAACCAAGGUACAUUCAUUCGCCAUCGAGGACUCUGCCCAUAUCCCUUGACAGUUAAAAAAUAAUCAAGAAUGGAAGACACAGGUAGUUUCAACAGGGUUGCACAAAGUUUAGGAAUUGGGGGUGUUUUUAUUGAAAUCUGUGCUGAAAGGCGUAGUUGACUGCCGCUCUCCACCACGAAAUGCUCUGCCAGGUAUCAUGAAAGGGUGGCGACGCAGACUGGACAAAAAUACCGGUAGCACCUUGCCGGGAGAGAAAUGGUCUACUGUUCUGCCUUGUUGGUUGGAGAGUGACUACACUAGUCGAACUUUGUUUUGGCAGCAGGUGGGGUUGUGAGAGUCAUUCCCACACCCUUCAGAUACGGCAAAAAGGUGUCUCUUCUACUUAGAGCAUGUUGGAACACGCAAAUCCCUAGAAGUCAAAUGCUGAUGAUGAGUUGGCGAAAUAAGGGCUCCAUAAAACGACCGCAUGUUUUGGAUCUUUAAAUAGAAAGUGUUAAAAUGUCCUGGACAAUUCCAUAGUUUUUCGAGCACUAGGAGAGGCAUAUGCACUGCCUCGGUAUUCCUGGUUAGCAAGUAACAGUAAUAUCAACAGCAUCUGGAAUAUACAGUGAGGAGAAGUCAGUUAGGGCGUCAGUUUACUCCGUUAGUUUAAAGUGAGGAAAUAUUAUCAUUCUUGCAUCGGUUUCCUUAAAAUUACCGUGUUGCAGCUUCUGUAAAAGCAUGAAAUGUUAAUAGACAUUCCGAAAUAUUCCUUCGAUUGGAAAGGGUUAAUUAGUCAUGGUUGAGAGAUCACUAUAAUCUCACGAUGUUUUACACGUGUCACGAGGUUUUACACGUGUUGUACACGUGUCGAGUACAGUUCUUUUCGGCCGUUGGAAAAACUGCACCCGGUAAAAAUUACUGCUUAAGUAGUUUCCCGUUCUUUAAUUGGUUUUCAGUGGUCUCAUAAAUUCAAAUAUAUUUCCCAGAAAACAUGCCCAAAAAUAUUAUUUGGUGUAAUCUUUUGGUAGAAAAUCGCGUUUUCUCCAAAUUCCACAUCCGAAAGUGGAUAUCAUUAUGUUUUGAAGAAUUCCCACUUCCCGAAUAUUUUUGAAGUCGACCUGCAAACGCAUUUGCGCUUGGGGUUUCCAAGCUAGAUGCCGCAUGCUCUCCAUGUAAGGAUAACCAUGCAUGUCAUUGAAUUGUUAAGAAGACACCAUAUGGUGUUCAUGGACUUUUCAAUAGAUGUUAACCAUGUUUAAUUCUUCACAAGCACCAGUAAAAGUAGCCAGACACGAAGAUGUGUGGAUGAACAUUCCACGAUCUUAAAUAAUCUCAUAAUUACAAACCGCUUAUGUCGGCACUUAUUCUUUCAUCAACGGUAAAAUUCAAAGAAGACAUAAUUAACCAUAAAAUGACAACAACAAAGAAUAUUUUAUGCAUGUCUUCCCCAAAUCAUAGUCAAAUAUAUAUGGGUGUCGAAAAUCAGUGAGGAAAAUUCACAUUAUUCCGGUAGUCAUCUUUUGUGGUUUCUGCAAAAGCGAGUUGAAUACUUCACGGUGAACCGACAAUUACUUGCAAAUGUCUACACAGGACAAAAACACAACAGUUGAAAAUAGCCUUAACGGGUGGCGUAGAAAAUAAAGACCCAUUUUUAAAUUCAUCUUUGUAUAUUUUGUAGGGGGGCAAGGAAACGGUGUGUCUGAUUGGGCCCACAUCCUGAAUAUAAAAGAGGAGGUUCUCAAAGUAUGGCGUCUGUCGGUGAGUAAAAUUCCCAGUUUCUCUAGUUGUUUUCGAUCUUUAAGCAUUUUCAACCAAUACUGCCAGUGACUGGAAGAAUAGGACAGUGUUACCGAAAAUCCACCCGCGAUAACUAUAUCGAGAUGAAAAAAUUCUCAGUAAUCAAACACUACGUUAAUGGAGUCAACCGACCCUUGUUAUCUAGUUACUCAGUCUAGACCACAUUAUGCAGCAGAACAACUGAGAAUCUCCAAAUGCCUCCGGUCGGUAAUGAAAACGAAAGUUCAAAAUAACGAUCAAACCCUGAUUACUAAAAAUGUCAGCCUAGUUUCUACGUCCGUAUGAAUGUAGAGGGAUAAAACUCGAUAGAAGCAGCCAAAUGAAGUUUGAACCAGUUAUGCGAUACUAAGGGGAGCUCCGUUGAACAAUAAACUUUUGUGAAAACGCAUGCCAUUUCCGAGGUACUUUUCCUCUGAGACACGGUCAGGUGCUAUUCACUGUUUCAGAGCGAUGGCACACCUUUGGCAAUCCCUGACAGCGAUGUAGGAUACUUCUUCAGCGAUGAGCUUUUCGUCGUUCUAAAGACGAUGUACAAGAAUGCCAAACUUCACUACUAUAUCCACUUCUGGAUUGGGAAGGAUCUGGCUGAGGUGAGUGUUCUUCAGACAGUUUUGUCUUUUUAAGUUUGCUACUAAUUUUCACCAAAUAGUAUAACGAUAUUCUGUUGGACAAAGUUAAGGUUUCGAAUGCUCUACCUAAGAGAGUUCAAUAGAAAGUUUAUAUAUUAGUUGGAUGUUAAUUUAGGUGUUUUUUUAAAUGGAUUUUGGGUAAGUAUAUAGGGUUUCAUAUCCGGAUGCUUCGACACCAAAACUGCUACUUAAACUGACAAGAAACACUACAAUAAAGGUUUUUUAAAAAGACUUGAUAAAGAUAGGGCCCUUAUUCAGCGAAAAACGUAGGUUGGGUUUAUAAACUAUAGAACCUGAAGGUUUGGUCUGGGCGAAAUCGAGAAUCCUCAUUUUUCAUGAGGCCAUAUUUCUGAAUUCUAUCUCCAAACCCUAAAACGCAAAAACCCUAUGAUACUGUAGAUAUAAAGUCACUGCUGCAAUGUCGGCUUUUGCUAGUGUUAACGUGCUCUCCCUCGUAUAAUUAUGGGUAGUAAUAAACUCAAGGCCGUGUGCUGAAAGCGGGCAAAAAGCCUAGAGUCUUUUAACUAUUUCAAAGGUAGUAUUUAACUUCGCAAUUAUUUCGUUUUAAAGUACAAGCAAGAGCAAACGUUAUCGUCCCUGAGUACAAACCGCCUACUCUAUUUAUCUUAUUUAAACAACACGGGCAGCUUUCGGGUCAUAAGCGAGCCUCAAAAAAGGUCACUUCAUUCUCGGAUUAGAUAAACGCCUUUCUACUCGUUUGACUACUGCACUAACACUCAUCCUCGUUCUCGAAAAGAAAGAGUCUGGUUAAAGUUUAUUUACGAGGUCAAAAAGAAUCCAUGCGCAUUGCUUACCGCUAGAUUUCCCAUUUACUUAAUCUCGUUCUCGUUUUUUUGCUGUGCAUAAAAUUUGGGAUAUAAGUUCUCAAUCAUCCUGUGCCAGUACUAACUAUUAAACAGAACAAAUACGUUUAGCGGCUACGGAAGUCUCAAGCGGUUGACACAUGAUUGACUGGACGGCAAGUGUCAUGAGCUCAAAUUGCAAAUCUUAACUUUGGUCGGUGAAAUUGUUGAUCGUAUUUUCUAAAAAACUGGGUUUCAGAUUUGUUCUCCAUUCAGACAGUCUGAAUGAGGCAAAUAUUUGGUGAGUUCCGCCUACCAUGGAGACUGAUGAAAAUUGAGGAGCCCCUACGACUGGGCCAGCGUUACUGUGGACCACAGGAAACUUUCAAUUCCUCAUAAUUCGCAGUUCAUUUUUUGAAGAAAAAAUAUCUCAGCGGGCAUUUCAUAGAAGUGUUCUAAGCACUUAUGUGAUUGAAGGAUCUUGGAUUUGUGUGCACCUUUGCAAAAAUGUCAUCUUCAAUGUAGGCUUGUGUCAAAACCUACACGACACUGCACCCUGUAUAUUUCCUUAAGCGGCCAUCGUGGUAAUGCUUCAUUUUAACAUUUACAUGUCCUGUCCUGGUUCACUUUAAGAAGGACAAAUUUAUCUUGUGCUAUUAAAAAUCCAAAAGUACAGCGUAUCGGCAAGGGAAAAUUAAUACUUAUAUGGCUUACUUACUGCUUUAUCUUAAGAGAAGGAUCUCGAUUGUCCGUAAUAAACAUUUUCUCUGAAAGAAAUGAUACUCAUCACCCCUAUAUAUCUCAAAGGCUUUCUCGUCUUCCUUUAGGAAAUGCCACCAAGUCCCCCGUCCAAGGUGGCGGAACUGAUGUCCGUCCUUAAUGACAAGGUUGUGCUCUACCGCGAAAUUGAGGGUUUCGAGUGUCCUCAAUUCAAGCGUUACUUUAAAGUCUUCGGGUAGGUCUCUGAUCCACUCUUUGAGGGAUGCCUAAUGGGUGAGCGGGAAAGAGUUGGCGGCAAUCGCACAUGCCAUCUGUAUCCACUGAUGUUUAAAGGCUCCACUUUGAGCAUAUUACGAUAAAAAGAACACGUCUGCCAAAAAACUGACACUUGACAAAUGUGAAGGUGACAGUAUGUUUAGCAUUUAAGCGGUGCUGACUUAACCGUCUCAACGCGAGCCAAAGAAAUCUCACGAGCCUACCUAUAGAGCGCAAUCGACAGGACUACGGACCCGUGGUUCAUAUGACAGAGCGCUAGGCUUGUGGUCACAAUUGGGUUUGGAGCGCGGGGUAGAUGUUCCACUUCCUCGUCCCCCCCCACACUUGGCAUUGAGUCUCUGCGUGUGUAUCGUCGAGUUGCUUUAGUGUAAAACGCCGAUAGGUUGUGUUUAAUACACUGUAACAUGGUAAUAUCACCAUACACUAUAGCUGUGAGUAAUUUGUCAUAAUGCCACAUAACGACGAGGUGGCAUGUAAUGUGACGCUGUCGGUGAGCGCACUUCCGAUCGCAACCAACAGGACGACUGGCCCGUGGCUCAAUUGGUAGAGCGUUGAGCUUAAUAACGUUUUAUAGCCAAAGAAAGCGAGUUUGAGGCUCAGUCGCGGAAAGGCCCGGGUUUGGGUAAGAUUGGCUGGCGACGACUAAAACACCAGAAAUCAUCGUCCCGGCUUCCUCUGUUUUUUGUGGGUACUCGUUCCGCCAGCGCAAAUGUGACAUAUAUGCACAGUAAUCAUAUGUACUAUGCAUGUGGGAGAGUAUAUAGUACGUAUAAUACAGUAUGUGUAUAGAAGUUUAGAUGUAUGUUCAUAGUUUCUAUAUGAGGUCCUCGGUAUAAGCGUUAGGCAACUCGACAUUGGGUAGUCUGACGUUUCAUUCGGCUGGAACACACUUUGGGUAGGUACAUUUACUUGCUUCCUAAACAUUUCAGUGCUACACUCUAGAGUCGAUAGGCCUUUUUAGUCCAAUCGCUUGCGGACUAGUGGGCGCUGCUACCGCUGAGGUUACAAAAACGUAGGGAGAGCCGAUGCAUUGAAAAAUAUGGACAAACAAUUUGUGGCAUUUUGCCGUUGUAGCUAAGAACUUAAUCUGUUAAGGGGCGAGCCAUGAAAGUUGCAGAUAUGUCAAGGCGGGGACCACUUGGAGGCGAACGUAACGGGGUGCGACAGAAGUGACCCACUGUUCAAGAUAUCCUGAAGGGGACCCGUAUCGCAGACCACGGAUUUCGUUGAACUAGAGGUUGGCUGCCUUGCAGGCCUGCCAAUGCCUGUUUUCCCUGGAAUUCCCCCUUCUGAGCGUCCACUUGCCCCCCAGGAGUGGUUCUCCUCUCUCCAUUCAUUCAGUAAUUGAAACUGCGUGUUCAACUCUCGGCUUAAAGUAUACUUCCGUGUUUUGGCAGUAUCGCCACGGACUUUUACAACGUUACAUCCAACGUGUACUUGCCUGCUCUUAUUGCCGACCGCAACCGACAGGACGACUGGCCCGUGGCUCAGUUGGUAGGGCGUUGGGUCUAAAAACACUCGAUGGCCAAAGAACGCGGGUUCGAAGCUCAGGCGUGGCAACACCUGGACUCGAGUGAAACUGACUGAUGACGACUAAUAAGCCAGAAAGGGCCGUCUCGGUCUCCUUCGUCUUGGCUCGUUUCGAAAGAAAUAAUUAUAUGUUACUCGUGAACAACACAGUAGCUGUGACAGUUACGAAUGUAAAAUAAAUCAGGUUAAUCGCGGCAGCUUGCCCGCUGCACACAGAGGGGUGUGGAAAGAAAUAAUUUUGGAAAGGAGGCCUGAAAAUAGCACUCUGCCCGUCUACAUGUUGCUCCGUUAACCUUUUUCGACAAAAUAACACCUGAAGCCGACCUACUUAGACUGCCAAAUGAUAGUAGGUAUAAGCAUUCAGACAGAGGUGGUCCAAGAAAGGCGUAUUGGUUAACAGAGCAACUGUUUGAGGAUUAGUUUUGUCCGUUUCCGCCGGUAAAACCUCAACCAACGUGUAUGACUGAGAGCGCACAGUUGUACAUGUGUGCCAUCUGGCAGGGGGUAUCAUCUCAGUUCUGCAUAUAUUUGCCAGUUCAUUUCAGGUGACGUUGGCUUGACCGCAUAACGGCCUACUAAGUGCUUGUCCAACUGUGAUUUCUGACCAACCAGGACUGAGGCUGUUUGACCCUGAAUCUAUUUUGUGUCUGAGUAAAUAUCCAACGACGACAGACUGAUGGGGGGGGGGAGCAUGGCUGGAACUGCGACCCGAUAGUUUUGAAGCACCAGCGCCUUUACUUUGCCUGUAAGAACACCACCAUCUGUGCCUGCACGUAUGCUGCUUUGGCCUAGUUGGCUGGGGAAACACGGAAAGGCCUGAAACGGCUAACGGCUCGGUCCCUCCUGUCGCAAAGGGUUUAUCUCCCUUGGUUUUCCAAAGUGUCCUCUAUUCGCAAACCUUGCCGCCGGAUUCGGAGACAUCAAAGUCUAUGCCUGUAUGCCAGGAUGGCCUUUUUGUGCAGAAGUCAAGCAAUUUUACGGUUUACAGGCGUUUUCUGCCCACCCGCUUAUGCUACUGUUAACUCCACAAUUCAAGCAAGCUUGUAGUACCCGAACUUUACUGAGUUAUCCAGACGGCAUAUUUGUAUUCGCAUUUAAAAGCAGUGCAGAUCCUAAUUGCGUUCCUCUUUUUAACCUACUCAAGUGUCCACAAAGGCUCCAUCAAGGAUGUCUUCGACCCCAAAAACCCAAAGGCCUUCAAGCCAAAACUGCUGCAUUUCCGCCUGAACAAGAAAGUUAACCGAACGGAAAUGUAUGAGGUUCCGAUCAGCUGGAAAUCCCUAACCUCGAACGACGUCUUCAUUUAUGACGAGGGUACUAAGAUGACCCAGUGGAACGGGAGCAGAUGCGACGAGGAGGAACGACAGGCGGUAGGCAUUGACACAGCUUUUCAAUGAUGUGUUUUUGAUCGACUUGAGGCCCAAAGGGAUGGAUAGCAUCAACAAAUGUCAUUAUAGAGCGUUUCUUCACACUGGCCGUCGCACACUGUAAUUCAAAUGAUUUAACUGGGUUCAAAGUCAACAGCUAAUGCUAAAAGUUUACUUGUUAGCCGACCCAUUGGCUUCCCGAAGCUAACAAGCUUCGUAUGGGUGAUAGCUAUCAGGAACAGGCAACCACCUACCAGGUCGAGGUCGGCCAAACUAUGAUAUAUAUAUAUUUUUUUAAAGUUAUUAUACCGUACUCCCGACAUAGAUACUUGCUAAAAGCCCAGACACGUGUUUCGCCGAUAUUCUGCCGCUGCGUGACACAGCUGCGAGGGGUUCGGCUCUUCAGUGGGACCCCCAGCGUUCUCUAGCGGUUUCUGGUAUAUGAACUCCAGAGAAUAAUCAGGUGAAUAAUUUCAGAAAUUAAUCAGGUGCAGGACUUGGAGUUAAAUCUCCGGGACAUGACUUUUUAGGGUCAGAACCGAAAUUUCAAUGAACAUUUGAGUCGAAGACAAUCAGCUACUGUGGACUAACCACGUAAUGCCCAUUCUACAAACAAGUAGUGCUACGAGUAGAAAGAAAUUCAUAUGGUAAAGGUAUUAUACCGUACUCCCGACAUAGUACUGCAAGCCUGAGCCUGGAUAUGCAUAACAGAUGACGGCUGAUAAGACAGAAGUGGUCAUUACAAGCACUUGUCAGUAAUCUCCUAUCAAAAGUCACUGUGCGACCGCCUGCAGGGCUCAAGAUUGAGUCCCAUAGCACAGCGGGAAGAGUAUGCCCCACAACGCGAUCCGUGAGCGCACUCUAACGGAUACCCCCGAUACAACUUGUCAAGGGUUUGCUCUGAGAUGCUGAUGGACAUUUGAGCGAAAUCAAUCAAGGUCUGCAGAGUAACCACAUACGGUCAAUUUUAUGAGUUGAUAUUGCCAUCAGUAAUGUGAUUUUACGUGACAGUUGCUCCACCAUACCUUUAACAGGGGGUACCAUCAAAAGGCCCAGACGCAUAUUUCUCUGAUGAUUCUGCUAUUGUACGACGUAAUCAUGAAAAGCCUGCUUCUCAGUGUGGUUCCCCAGAGUUCUCUAUUUUGUUUGAAUACAUGGAUUCCAGAUAUGAAAACUGCAUUAAUAAUUCCGUCGGGGAGUCACUUAUGAGCUGGGCUCAUCGCAGCAGCAGCAGCAGCAGCAGCAGCAGCAGCAGCAGCAGCAGCAGCAGCAGCAGCAGCAGCAGCAGCAGCAGCAGCAGCAGCAGCAGCAGCAGCAGCAGCAGCAGCAGCAGCAGCAGCAGCAGCAGCAGCAGCAGCAGCAGCAGCAGCAGCAGCAGCAGAGGCACCGUCGAAACACAUGCGCGGGCUUUUCGCCAGCACUCUUGCUGGGAGUUUAG